AUGGCGCCGUCAACUACGAUUACCAAGAACUCCUACACUUCACUUGCACAGAACGAGGAACUGAAUUUGGAUCUCGAUCCCAGCGGGUCACUAGGCACAGACUCUACUGUUUUUCCUGAACAAUUACAUAGGCGAUCACAUGAAACUGUCCACCCACAUUACAAAAAUGGUGCUACAGGAAAAUAUCAUGGCCAGGAUGCAGGAGACGAGUUUGAGCUCGAAACAUUAAACAAUUUGGACUACGAAGUAAACAUUAACGGCAAUAGCAACAGUGAUAAUGACGAAGAUGGUGGCCUCAUUCAUGAUAGCAUAACCAACCCAUUUGAUUCCAUUAAUGAUGGGACAUCAAAUAUGAAAAUGGCAUUUAUGAACAUGACCAACUCAAUUUUGGGCGCAGGAAUUAUUGGCCAGCCUUUGGCUUUUAAAAACAGUGGGUUUCUCGGUGGAAUCCUUGUGAUGAUCUUGUUAACAGUAUUGAUUGAUUGGACGCUAUGUCUCAUUGUGAAAAACCUGAUUUUGGCACAACAUUCCAAAUCGUAUCAGGAUACGGUCAACUACUGCUUUGGGAUGUGGGGAAAGAUUGUUUUGCUUGUUGCAAUCAGUUCAUUUGCAUAUGGUGGAUGCAUGGCAUUUUGCGUGAUUAUCGGCGAUACUAUCCCUCAUGUCCUCAAAGCAUUCAUCCCAGAGCUGAUUACCAGUGGAUCUAUGCUGUGGUUGUUUCAACGAAAUACAAUAAUAGUAUUGUUCACCGCAUGUAUCUCGUACCCAUUGAGUUUAAAUCGCGAUAUUUCAAAAUUGGCCAAGGCCUCGGCAUUUGCCUUAUUUGGGAUGCUUGUGAUUGUUGUGCUUACGGUUGCACGUGCUCCAUUUAUUUCGCCAACUCUAAGAGGUGCCAUUUCUACACAUGAAUGGUUUUUCAACUACAAUAUAUUUCAGGGCAUUUCAGUGAUUAGUUUUGCCUUGGUAUGUCACCACAAUACCAUGUUUAUCUAUAAUUCAAUGAAGAAUGCCAGUUUGGCAAAAUUUACCAAAUUGACUCACAUGUCAUGCAUGAUCAGUAUGGUGUUUUGUAUGAUUAUGGGCCUCAACGGGUUCUUAAACUUUGGUAAUUUGACAAUGGGGAAUAUCUUGAACAAUUUCAAAAGUACCGAUAAUUGGAUCAAUGUUGCCAGAUUCUGUUUUGGAUUAAACAUGUUGACCACUUUCCCAUUGGAGAUCUUUGUUGUUAGAGAUGUGAUUAAAGAUAUUUUGUUAACUAGAAAGGCAAGAAGACAAGAAGGAGUCACUAGUGCGUCAGAAUUGGAACUCUCUACAAGACAGCAUUUCUUCAUUACUACAAUACUUGUGUUUAGUUCAAUGAGUGUUAGUUUAUUUACUUGUAAUUUGGGAAUGAUUUUGGAAUUGAUUGGUGCCACCUCGGCAAGCUUAAUGGCAUAUAUAAUUCCACCAAUGUGUUAUUAUAGAUUAUCAUGGAUGCAAAUCGAUUGGAAGACAUCGACAUCACUGGAACGCAAGAGAUUCAUUUUACACAAGGCUUUGCCCAGUGUAGGAUGUAUAGUGUUUGGGUUCGCAGUCAUGUUUAUCUCCUCGGCCAUGACUAUUCGAGAUGCUUUAAAGAAUGGAGAUGGUAACGGUCAUUGCGUCAUUGAUUAA